AUGAAAGAUAUUUGUCAAGAUGAAAAAUAUGUUACUAAAAAUUCAAAUCGUAGUGAUAUACUCAAAAUUUUAAUGUUUAUUUAUACAAUAACAUCAUUUCUUUAUACAUUUGCUUAUUGUUCAUUACAAACAGCAAUACAUCAAGAAUGUAGUAAACCAUUAUUUGAUUUGUUAACAACAACUCAUCAAAAAUUUGAAAAUAUACUGUAUACAAAAAUUUUACGUAUUAAACAAAUGUUUGUUGAUUUUUUUGAUAAAAGACAACGAUUAAUUGGUAUUAUAAGACAAAUAU